AUAUUUUACACGCUUCUUUUAUGCUUUUUUUGUAGUGAAUAGGUGCAAUUCCUUGUUUUUAUAAACAUGGUAAAAGUAAAGAAACCCUCGACACAUGCGUCUAAUCAGAUUAAAAAACUUACAAAGGUGAAGAGUGGUAAUAAAGUAAGCAAGAAACCGAGAGAUGAGAAACUAAAGAAGUUACAAAAAUUCCUUUUGGAAGAAAAGUUUAAUAUAAACGUUCAAGAUGUGGAGAAUGCUGUAUCCGGUGCUAUUAAGUUACAUUUAAACAAUCCUAAGAUUAAGAACCAGUUAUUUGACGAAGAUAAAUUUGCAAUAAACUUAAAGCUAAACUGUCACAGAAUUCCAAGAGGAUAUCCAAAAAUAUUAAGAGUUCCCUUAAAACAUUCUCUAUUAAGUCCCGAAGAUGAUGUGUGCCUUAUUGUGUCUGAAAUUAAAGGUGUAGGUAACAAAGAGCAUGAAAAACAUGUCGAUCACUAUGAAAAACUUCUAGCAGAUAAGAAUGUCACCAACAUUAAGAAAAUAAUGACUGUACAUGAGCUGAACACUGAACACGAAACUUUUGAGCAAAAAAACAGACUUGCAGAUUUAUAUGAUGCAUUUUUAGUGUGUGGAAAAGUUAGUGGCAAGGUUGUACAUAAAUGCGGCAAAAUCUUUUACAAAAAGAGAAAAGUUCCAACAUCAAUUAAUCUUAAAGCUACGAAAUUAAAAGAACACAUUGAUAAAAACUUAUCAAAAUCAUUUCUUCAUCUCCAUUUAAAGGGUGAUACAUAUAAUCUUCAGUUCGGGCACAGUAAGAUGAGUGUAGCAGAAAUUGUAGAUAACUUUAUAUCUUCAAUGGAAUAUUUACAAAGGGAAUUUCCUGGAGGAUUUGAAAAUAUUAAGGGAUUACAUGUAUGUACACCAAGAAGUACAUCUAUUCCUGUAUAUGUAUCUGCAAAGAAUCCAAAGGAUCUUCAAGAUGUCAGAGUAAAGACUACUAACAAAUAUGUACCUAAGGCAGUUCAAGAUGAAUUAACAACACUUCCUAAUGCUCAGGUUCUUGUUAAACCAAGUGGUCAAAUUAUUGUUGUAAAGGUGAAGGAUGACGAAGAAGAUGAUGAUAAAGAAGAAAAUAUUGAUAUAGAAGAAGAUGAUGAUGAAGAAGGUGAUAAUAAAAUAACCUUAAAAGAUAUUCUAGAUGAUAUCAAGAAUAGCAAACAUGUGCAAAAGGAUAAUGAACAAGAUGACUCAAGGAAGAAAUUAAAAAGCAGGAAAAAAGCUAAGAAAAGUCUACCAAGUGACUGGAAAGAAGAAAUAUUAGAUUCAGAGGAAGUAUCUGUUGAACCUUUGAUUAAAAAGAAAAAACAGAAAAGUGCUGAACCUGAAAAUCUUGACAAGAAAAACUUAAAAGUGAAAGUUCACAGUAAAAGUAAAAAUAAGGUAAAGAGGAAGAAGGCGUAAUUUUAUUAAUUAUGACAUAAAUAAUUUGUAAGAAUAAAAUAAAUAGUUUAUGGUUU